AUGAUCGCUGGCUCGUUUUUUAGCGGAGCUCUGGACUACAAUUCAAGGGAAGUACAGAACAUACUGAUGAUAGGACUGGGUGGUGGCAUAAUUAGCAACUAUUUCAGUACCAUGGAAAUGCUCAAAUUGAACAUUACCGUUGUGGAUAUUGAUCCUGUAAUGAAAAAAAUAGCAGAAAAAUGGUACGAAUUUGAUCCAAAGCCUAUGAAGAGGAUAAUUGUGGAUGACGGCCUUCGAUUCAUUCGUGAAGCUAAUAAAAGAGGUGAAAUCUAUGAUGUUCUAUUGGUAGAUGUUUGCUACAAUGAGCAUAGAGCUCUUAUGGCUCCUGUAGAAGACUUUCUAAUUGACGAAGAGAUUAAGGAAAUCUACAAGAUCUUGAAACCGGAUGAUGCUCUUCUGUUCGAAGAAGAAGAAGAACUCAUGGCUUGA